UUUUAACCGUAGAUAGCGUCUUGUAAGUUGGUAAUCCGUCCAUAUAGGUCAGCUGUGUUCUAUGAACGGUGGUUGCGAACAUGGUUUUAUUCGCACAAAGUUAUGCCUGUUGUUUUAUUCGUAACUACUCUGUGGUCUGAAUAAACUUCAGUAUGUUUGUGAUGUUACGUAUAUUUAUUUGGAGUACGUUUAGGAGAGCAAUAACAGCAAAAUGCUUGUAUUGAGUUGCCACGUAGUUAAUGUUAUGAACUGGUGGUAGUCCCAUUGUUUGAAAUCUUGAUUGACGUACGAGUUGUGAUAUUGUAAGAGGCAUAAUAGAAUGUAUAACACAGACAAACCAGAAAAUCCUAAAUAUAAUCACAGCGAACUUUUUCACAAACCUUGUGGAUUAUAAUUGUGUGAAGUGGGGAUAUUCAUGGGCAUGAACACUUGACUUAUUAAGAGCUCGAGAAGUAAAAGAUUUUAUGUAAUUAAUUUAAUACGUAUUGUAAGAUGAAAUUUUAUUUUAACUACGGAUUUGUAUAUAACAAGCCAAAUGUUUCCUUAUUUGUAAAUUUGAUUGCACCAUGGCCAGUGAAUUAUGUGUAGAGGUUAAUAUCUGGCAACAACAUUGUGAUGUGAAGGCAAUUGUAUCAUUGAAAAUACUGUAAAGCAUGCCACAUCAGAAGAUGCUGGCUAAAAGUUCUCGUAUAGUAGCCCUUUGUUCGAUAGCAAACUUUAUCAAUGCAGCAGAUCGUGUCAUAAUGCCAAUAGCAAUUGUGCCUAUGACAGAUGAGUUCAAAUGGAGCUUACAUGGGCAAGGAUGGAUCCUGUCAGCCUUUGCAUUUGGUUACUUCACAAGUCAGGUGAUAGGAGCGUGUGCUGCUAGCAGAUUUGGAGGAAAAGCAGUCCUCUUAUUUGCUGUGUUCCUGUGGUCUGUUUCAACUUCUAUCACCCCUCUUCUAGCAACAUCUGUUUAUGCACUGAUAUUUUGCCGAGUGCUGUUGGGUUUGGGCGAGGGACUUGGUCUGCCAACAAUUUUCCAUAUAUUUGCCCAUGAUGUACCAAUGGAAGAGAGAUCCAGAGCAUUUGGGUAUUUGGUUGCUGCAGGUUCUGUGGGACAGACUGUUGCAUCUGUGCUGUGCCCAAACCUCUCUUGGCAGAUAGGUUUCUACCUGUUUGGGACAUUGGGUAUUGUUUGGGUAUUUAUAUGGAUGGUAUUCUAUAACGAUGGAGCAACCUCAGCACAGGAUGAGAUUCCUCUGUUUGUACCCAAGGUAACAAAUCCAAAUGUACGAUGGACUGAAUUUGUGUGCCAUUGGCCUCUGUGGGCUCUGUAUAUAGCACACUUUGCCAUGAACUGGUCCAACUACAUCAUCAUGCAGUGGCUCCCUACGUACCUUGCCCGGAACCUUGGAGCAAACAAGGAGAGCAUUAGUCUUACUGCUGUCCCUUACGUUGUCAACUCUUUGUUUGGAAUCUUUGCAGGCCAUUUUGCAGACACUCUUGUGGGGCAAAGGGGGUGGACUGUUUUGUCAGUGCGUCGACUGAUGACGAGCAUCGGUCUGUUGGGUCCAGGAGUGUUCCUGCUUGCAUUCUGUACUGUUGAUAACCUCCUAGCUGCUGUUGUAUUUGUGUCCAUCUCAAUGGGCCUUUGUGCUUGCAACUCUGCUGGCCACCUAAGUAAUCAUGCAGACAUUGCUCCCAACCAUGCAGGCAUCACAUUUGCCAUAUCAAACACACUGGCAACAAUCCCAGGUAUACUGUGUGGCCCUCUUACAGCAGAGCUGGUAACUACAUCUCAUGGUCGCUGGUUUCCUGUUUUUGUGCUGGCAGCUGGUGUAAACUUUACUGGUGCUGUCAUCUACUAUAGCCAGAGUUCAGCUGCUCAGGUGCUGUGAAUUCUGUGGAUGUAAAGCUCAGAACAUACACUAGUCAUCUCCUGGCUAUCACAGUCCCAUCCAAUGAAAUGUAGUCAAUAUAAAUUUGUUGCCACUCAGUGAGUAACAUGGUCCUUUCAUCCUGUAACAUUGGAACUGGAUACUGGCACAUACUUUUGUGUAAUACCCUGAUUGUAAUUUAGUCCCUGGCAUACAUAUUUAGUAGCAUUAUACUGUUGGUGUUACUUACAUAAGCCAACACUGUAAUUGCUCUGAUAAUAUUUAUGACAUUGUUAGAUGAAUGAUAUUGUGGAACGCUGUAAAGCAAGUAUGGUAUAUCUUACUGUUCAUGCUGUUACAAAUGAAACUGAAUAAAUGAUCUAAUAAAUCCUUUUGCCUAAGUAAGUAAUCUAAA